GAUGCGUGGAGGACCAGGAGGAAGAAGAGGAGGAAGAGAACUGGGAGAAAGCUCUGUCCGUGGAGCGCUUUGCAGACAUCAUCAGUGACUCUGCUUCUACCAGUGGAGACAGGAUGGGGCGACACUACACUGAGAAAGACUUUGAGUAUCACAGACACACAUUUCACCAUAUGCACCACCCCUUGUCCACUCACCUGCCCGUGCCCCAGCGUUUACGGAAGAGGGUACACAGCAUGGAGAAGAGGCGCAAAAAGAAGCGCAGGAAAAAAAAGACUUCGCUGCCGCCUUCUGACGUUACGCCUACCAUACACGAGGUAGACGAGGAAGAGGCAGAGUCGGAGACCGAAGGGCAAGGGGUGGCUGUCACUCCCGCAGAGCUCCCUGAGGUCCAGCCACAGUUUAGUUUGGGGAGCCAAGAGGACUUGGGGGAACCCCUUCACCACACUAUCGUCCACGCGGAAAACGAAGAACAACCUUUGUCGAGGAAAACAACUGCGCUGACUCUGACAAAGGGGGCGGCUCAUAAUGGGGGAAUAACUGUUACUGGACAGAACGAUGACAUGGAUGGAGGAGAAGCAGCAUGCAACAGUGUUCCCUCAGGAUCAGAUCCCUCAAGUUCAAUCACACCUCAUGGCUGGUUCCGCAAGAAGCCUGUCCACCACCGUCUGCCGGGCACCCAGCGAAGCAACUACGACCUGCGGGAGCGGAUCUGCAUCGGCAGCAUGACUGCCCUGGAGACUGCCGUCUAUCAGCAGGUGCCCACUGAUGAGGCUGAAGCCCAAAUGUUGGUCAGCGCUGAUCUGGAUGACAUGAAAAGUCACAGAUUUGAGGAUAACCCUGGGGUGCGUCGGCACCUGGUGAAGAAGUCGUCCCGAUGUCACAUGAGCCGAACCAGCAACAGUUCUACGCCGCUGUCCAGCCUGAAGAAGAAGAAGAGGGCUUCGGAAAAGAAAACUCACGAGUUGUUUGUGGAGCUGAACGAGCUGAUUGUGGAGAAGGACCAUGAAAUGCGAUGGAAGGAGCGCGCUCGCUGGAUCAAGUUCGAGGAGGAUGUGGACGAUGAGACGGACCGCUGGGGAAAACCUCAUGUGGCCUCGCUGUCCUUCCGCAGCUUGCUGGAGCUUCGCCGCACCAUCACACAUGGUGCCAUCCUAUUGGACCUCGAACAGACCUCUCUGCCCGGCAUCGCCCACCUGGUCGUGGAGACGAUGAUCAUUUCCGAUCAGAUCAGAGCCGAGGAUAGGCCCAACGUUCUUCGGGCCCUGCUUCUCAAACACAGCCAUCUAAGCGAUCACAAAAAUCGUUUUCAUCGCCACCACUCAUCCAGCAGUCUUCAUGGCAGCUACAACCACAACCACGUCCACGACACCAACCAGCCAUUGGUGUCCGAAGAGCACGAUGAGCACCACGAACACAAAGGACCCGUGUACGAUCCCAAACAAGACGUUUUUGUUAGCCUGUUUAAAUCUCUCCACCCUCUGCCGGAGACUCAUCCAGCCACAGCCAGAUCUAUGAAACUUCUCGCCAAGAUUCCCAAAGACGCUGAGGCGGUCAUUGUUUUAGUUGGUUGUGUUGAAUUUCUGGAGCAGCCGGCUAUGGCCUUUGUCAGGCUGAGCGAGGCAGUCCUUCUGGAGUCGGUGCUUGAGGUUCCCGUCCCUGUUCGAUUUAUUUUCGUCCUUCUCGGUCCCAGUCAGUCCAACGUGGACUAUCAUGAAAUUGGACGUUCUUUCUCCACUCUCAUGUCAGACAAGAACUUCCAUGAGGUUGCCUACUUUGCUGAUGACAGACAAGACCUCCUGAAUGGCAUCAAUGAAUUCCUGGACUACAGCAUCGUGAUUCCACCGUCAGACGUGGAGGGAAAAGACCUCCUGAAGACAGUGGCUGACUUCCAGAAACAGAUGCUGCGGAAGAGAAAGGAAAGAGAGCUCAAGAAGCACAGCUCCUUAAUUGGAGUAGAGGCAGAAAUCAAAGAGGUGAGUCCUGAGGAGGAGGAGGAGGGAGAACAGGAAGUGGAUCCAUUAAAGCGCUCAGGAAUGCUGUUUGGAGGUUUGAUCCACGACAUCCGCAGGCGUUACCCGCAAUAUGUGAGCGACUUAAAAGACGCCCUGGACAUGCAGUGCAUUGCUGCUGUCAUCUUCAUCUAUUUUGCCGCACUGUCACCCACUAUUACCUUUGGAGGCCUCCUGGGAGAGAAAACGGAGGGCAUGAUGGGAGUGACUGAACUCAUUGUUUCCACUGCAACUAUCGGGGUUAUAUUCUCACUGCUUGCUGGACAACCCCUUCUCAUCACUGGCUUCUCUGGACCCUUACUGGUGUUUGAAGAGGCCUUCUAUAAGUUUUGUCAGGUCUACAACUUUGAGUACCUGACUGGUCGAGUGUGGAUCGGCUUCUGGCUCAUCUUCAUCGUCCUGGUGAUUGUGGCAGCAGAGGGUAGCUUCCUUGUCCGCUACAUCUCACCUUUUACACAGGAGAUUUUCGCUUUCCUCAUCUCCCUCAUCUUCAUCUAUGAAACUUUCUCUAAGCUCAUCAAGGUUUUUAAGGAACAUCCACUGAUGGCAGUGUAUCCCACUGACGCCAGUGGGUCUCAAAAUUUUGAUGGUCCCAUAUACAACCAGCCUAACACUGCUCUUCUUUCUCUGGUGCUCAUGAUGGGCACUUUCUUUGUUGCAUUCUUUCUCAGGAAGUUUCGAAACAGCCGGUUUUUAGGUGGCAAGGCCAGAAGGAUUAUCGGUGACUUUGGCAUCCCGAUCUCAAUCUUAGUUUCAGUACUGGUGGAUUACGCCAUUACUGACACUUACACACAGAAACUCAAUGUGCCAUCAGGUUUUUCUGUCACGUCUCCUGAUAAGAGAGGUUGGUUUAUCAGCCCCUUUGGUGACAAGAAGCCCUUCCCCACUUGGAUGAUGGGGGCGUCUGUUGUUCCUGCCCUGCUUGUGUUCAUUCUUAUUUUCAUGGAAACUCAAAUUACUUCGUUGAUAGUCAGUAAGAAGGAGCGUCGGCUGGUUAAAGGCUCCGGCUUCCAUCUGGAUCUCCUGCUCAUUGUCAUCCUGGGUGCCCUCUGCCCCCUUUUUGGCUUGCCGUGGCUCACGGCAGCCACUGUGCGCUCUGUCACUCAUGUUAACGCGCUCACAGUGAUGAGCAAGGCCACGGCUCCUGGAGAAAAGCCCAUGAUCCAGGAGGUGAAAGAGCAGAGGCUCACCGGACUUCUUGUGGCUGUGCUUGUUGGUAUGUCCAUAGUGAUGACAGAUAUUCUCCGCCUCAUCCCUCUGGCUGUGCUCUUCGGGAUCUUCCUGUACAUGGGGGUCACCUCUCUGACGGGCAUCCAGCUGUACGAACGCAUAACGCUUAUGGUCACGCCUGCCAAGCACCACCCGGACCACAUCUACGUCACCAAGGUGAAGACAUGGCGCAUGAACAUGUUUACCAUCACCCAGCUGGCAUGCAUCGUGGCUCUGUGGGUAGUGAAGUCUACUGCGGCCUCCCUGGCGUUCCCCUUCGUCCUCAUCAUGACGGUGCCGCUGCGACGCCUCAUCCUCUCCAGGAUCUUCGAGGAGCGUGAGCUCCAGGUGCUGGAUUGUGAUGAAGAUUCGCCCAACUUUGAUGAAGAUGGACGAGAUGAGUACAAUGAGAUCCACAUGCUUGUAUAAAUUUAAGCUGGAACCAGCUAAAAGGAUCACCUACACCCUGCAGGUCUGACCGAUCGGAGGAAGCAAAUCUUGGAAACCUCAUUGUCUCUGGAUAGCAAGAGGAGCUUCUGCAAUGGUGUUUGUAAAAUAUACAGAAUCUAUAGCUGGAUAAGCACUUUUUACCUUUAUUUAAUCCAUUUUUUUAAAAGCACAUCUAAUGUUAGAUCUUUGUGGUGGUGUCGAUGUCUUAACCCUGACAGAAAUAGCUCUGAAUGCAUACCUGAAGUGGACUAUACCAAAUCUAGCAGCAUACAUAACUUAUAUGAACUCUUUUUACCUGAUGUCUCCCUUUAAUUAGUCUGCAGGUUCUGGGCAUAAGUGCAAUGAUAGCGGGGACCUUUAGGACUGCAGCAGGCUUGAUUAAUUCAGGCUUAUUUUGGGACUGAUCUGUGAGAAAGGAAAGAUUUUCUUUAAUGAGGAGAGGAUUUCAAUCAAACUUAAUAAUGUUUUCAGAUGAACUUUCUCUAAAUGUAAAGCCUUCAAUUGGUUUUACUGCCUCUGUUGUUAAACUGCCUUUUUCCUUUGUAUUACUGCCUUUGUCUAUAGGUUGCAAUGGUGUGCAAACAAGGAGUUAAGUCAGUCCUUUUCCUUUCUGUACAGACUUGUAGGAAAAAAAGGUCACGUUUCUCUGCCAACCCAGCUCCCUGGCACAAGUUCUCAUCUCUAAAUGUAGUCUCCCGUGAAUCCAAAAUCCCCUAGAGACUGUGCCUCUUCAUGGGCUGCCACUGUACUUUUUUUAAGGUGAUUAAUGCCCUCCACUGAUCCCAUUAUUAUGACCUUGGAUGUAUAAGUAAAUAGCUAACAUGGUCUAAACCUAUUUUUCUACUUUGUUGUAUCUAUUUAUUUUGUGACCUUUUGGACUUAACGCUAUACCAUGUUCUUAGUGGUAUUUAGAUUUCGGAUAGCUUAAGCUACUGUUAGAGUUAGUGUAAAAUAUAAAGAACAUUGUGUAGAGUGACACGUUAAAAACAGAAAAAUGUGUCUUUAUUUGAAGUAUCUGUCAGUUUUUUGCUAAAUUUGGUAUAUUUUUUAAGAGAUGUCAUGAAUAAUGCACUUGGCUAACACAGACACGAUAGUACUGAAAAUGUUGGGGAGCAUUUAAACAUUUGCAGGAUGCAUGAAGGUUGCAUUGCACAGACUGACUGUGAGCUUGGGAUUGUAAUUUACCAUCUAUUUUUAGAGUUAUCCUAUAUUGCAACGGACACCUGCUGCUUCAAUAGGUACACCUGUUCAUCUCUUUGUUAUCGCAAAUCUAAUCAGUCAAUCGUACUGCAGCAACUGCAGUAAUGUAUGUAUGCAUAUAGACAGGUCAAGAUGACUUCUUGAAAUUUGUCCAAGCAUCACAUUUGGGAAGAAAGGUGUUUUUAAGUGACUUUAAAUGUGACAUGGUAGUCGGUGAUAGGCAGUCUGGUCCGAGUAUUUCCGAAACUGCUGAUUUGCUAGGAUUUUCCCACAAAACCAUCUCAAGGGUUUACACAGAAUGGUCUGAA